AUGCUCGUUUUGACAACAGUCUUAACAGCAGCUGCUGUUUUUCUCCUCUUCUACCUGUUUUAUUGCUACAAAACAAUAAAACAGCACAUCUACAGCCUCAUCUCGCUCAGCUACCUACCAGGACCCCCAGUGAACGACAUCAUUUCAGGAAAUAUCCUCCCACUGUACACUAGCGCAGAAAACAUCUUCAAACAGUUGCGGGAAUGGGGCCGACUCUACUACCCCAUCUACAAGCUAAAUGCCGCCCAUUUGGCCGCCGCCAACAUUCUCAGUCCGGAAGACUGCGAGCUGGUUUUAUCCAACCCAACUCAUAUGGAAAAGUCGGCAAUCUAUAAUCUCCUCCAUGACUGGUUAGGGACCGGGCUUUUGACAAGCACUGGACUUAAAUGGCAAACACGUCGAAAAAUCUUAACCCCAGCUUUCCAUUUCAGUAUUUUGCAACAGUUUGUUGCUAUUUUUAACGAAGAAACCGAUAAGCUUGUCGAAGUUUUGAAAGAGGAGUGUUACAAACCUUUCAUCAAUGUCAAUGCGCAUGUAGCCCAAUUUACCUUGAAAACUAUCGCAGAGACAGCAAUGGGGACCAAACUCAGGUUUACCACACGAAAAGAGACUAUUUACAAGCAGUCGAUCGUCGACAUGGGGGAGUUCCUCUUGUAUCGUCUUUUGAGAUGUUGGCUAAUAUCUAAAUGUAUUUACGUCUUCAAUCCGCGUUAUUAUCUUGAGAAAAAAGUUACAAGACGUUUGCACCGAUUUACGAAAAGUGUAAUCGCCGAACGACAGGAGAAUUUCAAAGAAAUUGUAGUACCGGAAACAGAUGAGGUCUACACAGGAAAAAGGCGACUCGCCAUGUUGGAUCUUCUGUUAACAGCAAAGAACAAAGAGGGCCUGAUUGAUGAUGAAGGAAUUCGUGAAGAGGUCGAUACUUUCAUGUUUGAAGGCCACGACACCACUGCAGCAGCUCUAGGUUUUGCCCUAAUGGUCCUAGCAGGGCACAAGGAGGUCCAGGACAAAAUUGUGGAAGAAAUGAACGAAGUCUUGGGCGACAUUAAGAAAAAACCCACUUAUCAGGAUCUACAAGAGAUGAAAUACCUGGAACGAUGUGUGAAGGAAGUACUGAGGUUGUACCCCAGUGUUCACUUCAUUUCGAGGAAACUGGGCGAGGAUUUGGUCACUCACAGUGGUCACAAGUUGGCCAAAGGCUCCAUUGUCAAUUUGCACAUCUACGAUUUGCACCACAAUCCUGCCAUUUAUCCUGAUCCUGAGAAGUUUGAUCCUGAUCGGUUUUUGCCUGAGAACUGCCAGAAAAGGCAUCCUUUCGCCUACUUGCCCUUUAGUGCCGGUCCCAGAAACUGUAUCGGGAAAAAAUUCGCCAUGUUGGAACUCAAAGCGGCCAUUUGUGGCAUUUUGGCGAACUUCACUCUCGAACCGAUCGAUAUCCCUGAGACUAUUGUACUAGUCGUUGAUAUAGUACUGAGAACCAAAGAAGGGAUCAAGGUUAGGUUUAUUCCCCGAGUAUGAGCGUUGUUAC